AUGCUUUCGCUUCCUCUCAUUACACCGCGUGAUUCUCACGAACUCUGGUUCGGCUCCUCCCAGCCAUACCGCUCCUCUUCUUCGUCCACGACCUCUACCUACCCACCUCACACCCAUCCCAACUCGUCCGAAUCGUCUCGUCGCCAGGCCCAGAAUGGCCCGCCUUCUCGCGCCUUUAUUUCCUCCGCAACCCCGUCCGACAGCCUCGCGGCUCUGCUCCUUGAAGAACGCGCAUUGCGCGUCCGAAAACAGAAUAUCGCGUCCUUUGGCUACGCCUGGAUCAAGCCGGCGGGAUGUCCCAAGACCAUGCUGGGUAUGAGGGAGGAGGAAGCGGAGAGGGAGGAAGGUCUCGCUGCGGCCGCUGCGGAGAUGAAUGCUGCUGCCGCGGCUGCAGGCAUGGGGUUAGAUGCCUUUGGGGACACGACGCAGGGACAGCUGGGUCUUGUCGGAGAUGGAGUGGAUGCGGAUGAGCUAGAGAGGGACCUGGACGAUGAUAUCCCCGAUGCGGAUGCCGAGGGGCUUGUUGAGGAAGGAGAGGAGGGGUUCGAGGAAGACGAAGAUGUCGACGACGACGAGCUCAUGGAGCGCAAUCUCGACGAUGAUAUCCCGGAUGCUUUUCCAGAUGACGGUGAUGAUGACGGUGACAAUGAUGAUUUUGAUGGUGACGGCUUUGACGACCAGCCCGAUCUGGACGAUGAGAUUCCUACCGCCGAAGGAGACGAAGGAGAAGAAGAAGGCUUCGGAGACUCGAUGAUGGGCCGAGACCUCGACGACGAUGUCCCCGACGCAGCAGAAGAAAGGAGCCAGCAAGAGGAAGAAUGGCAGCAUACAGACACGGAGGCCGAAGACGACGACGAUGACGACCGACCCGAUCCCUUCGCGGAGCAUUUUCGCAUCCGCACACCCGGCAGCGGGCGCGGCCUGCCUCCGCAACUACCGUCCGUGACGCGCGAGACGGAAGCGCAGAGACGGUUCCUACAACGCUGGGGUGGUGGCGGCGGCGGCGGUGGUGGUCGUGAUUCAGACGUCUUCGACACCAGCGGAAUGUCGCUGGACGAUGACGACCUCCGCGCAUCGAUCACCAGCCAGGAAAGCAUCCGACGACCUAGCAGAUUCGGUCGACGGUUUCCCAGACGAGGGGGACCGAGAGACAGUCUCGACUAG